GUGAGAUCAUCUAACAACAGAACCUCAGCCGUCGAUCGACUAACAGAYACCAAUAUCAAAGAUAUUUACGGUUUUGCUCAAAAAAAUGUAUAUUAGUUGUAAAUAGCUUUGUGGUUUUUAUGUAUAUAUCUGCUGUAUCUAAAAAUGGAGUCAAUUUAUCACAAGUCGAUUUCUAGGAUCUUCACAUGGACAUUGAUCGUUAUCACUGCCAUMGCUCACGUAUCAGGUCAUACUAUACUCGAAGAAUACACAUGUGGUCAAAGUGACAUCGAGUAUGGUGUAACCUUAAGAGAUGGCACRCUUUCUGGAAUAUUCAGGGAUCAAGGCUACGUUAAAAACAUGCAGGAAUGCAUACACAAAUGCUGCAUGUCCAAGCAAUGUGACGUGGCUAUGAUGACUGGCAAAAAGUGUUUUGGGGUUCACUGCCACAACGGGACAUCUUGUGAGACUGUGCCGAGUGAUGAUCAGGAUYUAGAUAUGCAGAUUGCUCACGUGACCAGCAAGGGAAUUAACAACCUAGUUACAGCACAGAGCAACGACUCUACAAGGUUUGAUCCAGACGCCAAAUGCCCCCACAACGAAGUACUUUAUAAUGUCAAGUUAAAAGCUGGACUGCACGCGGGAAAAUUCACAGAUAUUGGCAAGGUUAAAAGUAUUAUGACUUGCGUGCGUUACUGCUGYGAGUCCAAGAUCGAGUGUGACUUGGCCUUCAUGCUGAAGGAUCGCUGCUACCUCCUCAAAUGCUUCUCUGAGGAUCGCUGCCAGGCUCUUCCUGCUCGAGGCGAAGAUUUCUCUUUCAACCAAAAGAUGGCAUUCGUAGCUCCAUGGCUGUUUGAAAAGAACAAAAAAAUCGUGAACGUCCCAUCCGGUCACUCGCCUCACCAUUUACAGUGCAUCCAAAGCAAACUUUACAAAGACUCUCAGUUGCUCGCAGGACCACGUGCAGGUCACUAUGCAGAUGUGGGCCCAGUUAGUAAUGUCCAUACUUGUACYMGGUUAUGCUGUGAGGACUCCACAUGUGAUGUGGCGUAUAUGUUUGGCAAGAAUUGUUUCAUGGUGAGCUGUUAUGACGAGAAAGGAUGCCGUGUUGUCAGUAGUAAACCUCAUGAAGGAAUGAGUGAAGACAAAGCUUCCAAGAAUAGUCAAAUCCAUAAAACAAUGCAGUAUAUAGUGAAGAGGAGAUUCGGAGUUGCUGUGAGAGAAGACGGCAAACAUGUCAAGAUCACAAAACCAGGUGAAAACACCUGCAGACUGGACGGAAAGAUUCACAAGAAAGCAGUUCUAAAAGCUGGUAUGUUAUCAGGAAAACUCACCUUACAAAAUAAGGUGCACGACAUGAAGACAUGCAUCAAACGAUGCUGUACACAGAAGAAUUGUCACGUAGCAAUGAUGAUGUCAGAUACGUGUUACUCAGUCUACUGUACCAAUCCUGAUUACUGUACACUAAAAGAUGCACCAGUUGAAGCUUUACACAAAAACCCUACACUUGCCUUUGUCAGAAGAGGAGAUAUUAGUUUUGCUCCAGAAUCAAGAUCAACAAUAAAGAACCCGCUAAAACCCGCUGUCCAAAAUCCUUUUGACUCCCUUAAACUUCURCCUGGCUUCCCUAAAUUACAACUUGGUUUAGAAACUCCAGUAGAGACGGCAACAUACGCCUCUCCGGUGAUAAAUGGUGAAGAAGAGAUGGGUGUUCAGGAACAACAUUAAAAUAUAUAUAUAUAUUAUAUAAAAUAAAUCUAGGACUAAUUAUCUUGAUAUUYACUCUAAUUUGACAAAAUUUCAUCACAAGUUUCGAGCAGCAGUGACACAAAUGAAAAGGCUUAARAAUUUGGAGUAUUAAACUCAGUUACAUAAAAAAAAAAUCGUGAAAGUAUCGGGCUUAUCGUUUUUCUGCCUUGUCACCCAAGUAGACACAUUACACAAUGGAAGUAAGUUCUACUAACCCKUCUAUUAAUCUACAAAGUUCUAUAUACCGUAAAUGAAGAACAACAAUUAAACGAGAGAUUUCAUAGAAGAAAUAACAAAAACAUAAAUGUCAAAAAUAAAAACAAAAAGUUGUUGAAUUUUUAUCACACCUCUUCCUGACUUCUGUUAUAAUUAGYAAAGGUCCCUUUAAUACUAACUGUGCUUCUAUGUAUUGCAAUUGUUGUUGUAAACUAAGUAUUUUCGCUCUUAAUCAUCGAUCAAUGGCAACAGUAAACUGGUACCCAGAACAACUGUAAAAUAGCUUUUAAAAAUGUGAAGUAAAUAUUAAAUUUUUAAAUCAAAUAUUGUAUUUCCCGCUCUAUUGACGAUAGAUCAGGCGAUUGAAUCAACCGCGUAAUUUGAAUUUSAAAUAAUAAAAUAACUCAGUUUAAAAAUA